AUGGACGAGGAAACUAAACAGUGUAUAUAUAAGAUGUACUGCGAUGAAUACAAAGACUCAAUUGUAAGUAGAGAGAAAUCAAAAAUCGAAGAGGAAAUGAAAACUCAAGAAUUACUCGAUAAAGAACACGCCGAUCGUGAAGCAGUGCUUCAAGAUAAAGUCUACACGUGCGACAUCUGUUACGAAGAUGUUCCUGCAUCGUCGGUAUACAUUUUUGAUUGCGAUCAUCACUUCUGUUUAGGCUGCGCAUACGACCAUAUCCACACACAAAUAUUUAAUGGUGUGACAGAUAUUCGAUGUCCGUUCUCGGGAUGCGGCCAUGUGAUUUCAUUUGAAGAGAUAUACCAAAUCAUACGCAACCAUGAACCUUACGAUAAGGACCUUGCCGAUCGAUACGAGCGUUUCUUAGUUAACGAUUACAUGAAACACGAGCCAAAUUGCAGAUAUUGUCCCAAAUGUGGUAACGCCAUUUUAGGUGAUCCAAACACUCCCGAGAUAUUUUGUCGAAGCGAAGAGUGCAAGAAAGUGAAUUUCAGGUUCUGUUUCAAUUGUAAAGAAGCAUGGCACGAAGGCCUAACAUGCGCGCAGUAUCAAGAAUGGAAACGAAUGAACUGCGAAGCAGACAAAAGGUUCUUGUCGUGGGCUCAGAAGAACACGCGAAAGUGUCCCAAGUGUUCCGCAACCAUCGAGAAAAAUCGAGGGUGUAACCACAUGACUUGCGCCAAUUGUGGGUAUCAGUUCUGUUGGCUGUGCAUGGCCCCGUACACGUCGAACCAUUUCCGAAAUGGGAAGUGUAAGCAAUAUUCAUAA